AUGUUUCAUUUGGAUAUCAAUCACAUAUACUACAUUCAUACGAAUAACACUUUGACAAUUCAAAGCUUGAAAUUAACGGAUGCUGGUAUCUUUCAGUGUUAUGCCUAUAAUAGUGCUGGCGAAGAUUUCCUCAAUAUCUGGUUGAAAGUCACUUCAUUCGCUCCAAGGCUGUGCACUCCUGAAACGAGUGUGUCAAAUUUCACAGUGCUGGAAGGUUCAUCAACAACUUUAGUCUGUCCUAUUAUCGGAGCACCAACACCGGAAUUUAAAUGGUACAAAGAAACUAAGGAGAAUGAAUGGAUGCCUGUUCAACAAUGGUUUGAAAUUAACAAAUACUUCAACUAUUCAUCGAAAUCAUUAAAUAAGGCAAUCAAAGGAGUGAAUAAUGAAAAUAAAUACACAGUCAACGACAUGACUGUAAAACUGCAUGACAACAGUCAAAAAGAAAUGCAGCAGAUAUCGAAUUUAUGUGUUCCUUAUGGUCAUAAUGAACUUAAAAUGAACAAUGUCAAUUAUCAGUCAACCGGUCGGUAUAAAUGUGAAGCAAGAAAUUACUUGGGGAAUGAAACAGCCUUCAUUUAUGUCCGUGUUUAUGCUCGUACUGUACCUGUACAUCAUUUACCCAGUUCACUGACUGCUAUUUCCAAUCAAAGUUUGUCGAUAACCUGUUCAUUUUAUGUUGACCAGCACACACAUGCAGAGAUUAAUUGGUUUCAUGGAAGAAAGGAAUCCAAUAAUCAGGCUUCAACAAGUGGAAAGCACAAUGAUAAACAAUUGCACAACAAUAAAGUUAGGUCGAAUAGCAAGUCUUUCAUGAAUUCACCUGAUACUGUAAAUAUAGACCCAGUUAUUACUUAUUUCUCCCGGGAACUUUCAAAUGGAAAUAAAAAAUCGACUGGAUUAAAUGAAUAUGGUUCAAUUUUACAUGUAAAUAAUGUGCAUAUAUCACACCAAGGAUUUUAUGUUUGUGAAAUCUUAUCACCUGGUGGAAAUUAUACAUUGAAAACUGAAAUAAAGGUGAUUUCGCUUCCUGCAAAACCAAUCGAAUUAUCCAUUUCGGAUAAACUUCCGCACGAGAACUAUGCUAACAGAAAUGCCACUGAAGUUCAGCUGUCAUGGAGACAGCCUCAACCAACUUACCAAAUGAAGCUUACACAUUAUGCAAUUUUUAUUCAUAAACUACCUAUUCAUCCGAAUUCUAAGGAAUUAAAUUGUGAGACGGUCGGGAAAUAUGACUGGGAACUUUUCAGUACCAUUGGAAUAAAUCAGACUGUUAAAAAUACAACAGACGAACGUUACUUCUUCACAAUUAAAAACACCUCGACCAUAUUUUCAUCUGGUUCGUAUUGUUUCAGUUUGUCUGCAGUUAACUUUAUUGGAUGGAGUGAAAAAUCAUAUCCUGUUAUGCAUUCAGUAUCAUAUGCAUCUAAAGAGGAAUUGGAAGAAUUAACUUUGAAAUUGUAUCUAGUUAAUCUGACGGAUACAUCUGUAAAGAUCACUUGGGUAGUGACUUUGCAUUCGCAUAAGGUUUCACUAUCAUCAAUCAAAGAAUAUCAGGUGUAUUAUUGGAUUGACGCAACUGAUUCACUGCUAAUGAAGAAAGUCUCAGAUGCUAAUAAUUUCAUCAAUCAAAAAAAUAUAACCGGUUUAAAACCAUCAACUAAUUAUAAUUUUAAGGUUGCAGCUUGUAAUCAGUAUGGAUGUGGGAAAUAUUCUGAAGUUCUGCAGAUAAAAACUCUUCAACAAAUACUUGUAAAGAUACCAUCACGUUUGUUAGUUGUCGUCCAUCAAACUAAUGAAGUGGAGAUAUCUUUCUCCAGUGAUUAUUCAAAUGAAGAGGACUAUGUUAAACAGUGUGUGGAAGGCUUUUUGAUCAAAUUAAAUUGCAUUGACCCACCAGGUUGUUUGAAUACACAGUUAUUUAUACCUUUAAAGUGUAUUAGGCACAGUAGGCACACUGAUCCUCAGAGUGUUGUCAGCUUAACCAGUGGCGGAAAAACUGACACAUUUGAUUGUGAUGAGCUGCACAGAUUCGGCAAUUAUUCUUUUGUACGAAGAAAAAGUGGACAGAAAGCUAGUCAUCAUGUUGUAAUAGUCUUGAAGGCUCUUAGUCCAUACACUCUAUAUGAAAUGCAUAUGGCGUAUGUGUACACAAAUCGAAUUGGUCCAUUCAGUAGACCGGCUGAAGUUUUUCGUACACAUGAGGAUGUUCCUUCCCGAAUCUCAAACUUGAUGGUUAACUCUGAUGGCAGUGAUGGUCUCUUUGUAGAAUGGGAUGCACCGGAGAAACCCAAUGGACAGAUAAUACAAUAUGUGCUACAUUAUACUGAGGUCAAGCAGGUUGAUUGGUUCUCCAGUAAUGAUCAUAUUCAUGAUCAGGAAGUAUUCUUUUCAAGGAGAGCGCAUUCAAGCCAGAAUGAAUACAGUAUGGAUACAAAGCUUCAGGAGAAUAAUUUCAUGAAUAAUUAUAAUAACAAAUCAAAUGUACAGAAUCCUUUGUAUCAGUUAAAGUAUCUACCAUUUGCUUCUUCAAUCCCAUCAGAUUUGGUCAAUUCACAAAAAUAUGAAAGUAGAAAAUAUGCUGGAUAUUAUAGUUUGAACAGGACAACACAUCGUGUUAACAUUGAAUCGUUGAUUUCAAAGCACAUCUAUCAGAUUAGAAUGUUUGCUUUGAAUACAGCCGGUCUGAGUCCAGUUAGCUUGCAGUUAGGCUUUACAUCAUCAUCACCGUCACUGGUAGUACCAAAAGAUAGGAAGCAUACACAUACUGAUAAGGAGUUUUUACACUGGACAAGUCUCAUUCAUUCGAAUAAGCAUGAAGAGAAGACAUUUAGAUGGUUGAAUAACACUUUUAUUAAUUUUAUUGGUGCACCGGAUAUCGAAAAAAUAAAUGAUAAUGAUGCAGAAUUCUCGAUUGAAUUCGAGUUGAUGCUCAACGAAAAUUACUUUCUGAUGAGUCGUCACACUCGUCCAAAGUAUCUGAACGACACUUCCCUAGCACUGAAUGUCUUGGAGCGAACAAUCAAACUGAUAGAACAAAGUAAAUGGCCCAUAAGAAUCCAGGAAAUACCUUUACACGGUUAUCAGGAGACAGAUGUGGAUAUACAAAUAGAUUCAUGGAAAUGGCGUAUCUCAACACCAUACAAAUACAAUUAUAGUUCAAAAAUGGAGUUUUCCUCAAUACAAAAUUUCCAGUCUCCGUCAAUAAACCGAACUAAACUUGUAUUUUCAUUUAAAUUACACAAUCUGUCAAGUUACACUUAUUAUCGUAUUGAAGUAUGGCAACCAGUUGGUCUGCUUUUUGGUAAUUACGAUCAUAUAGUCAAUAGGAAGCUUUCAUAUUCAAUUUCAUCUAAUUGGUUCAAAACUGGUGUUAAGCCACCAAAUACUUCACCAUCUAUGGUUUAUGCACAAAUUAUCGAUUCUGACAGAAUGAAAAUUACAUGGCAGCCUUUGUCUCGAGAAAAUUGGAAUGGAAUACCGAAAGGUUUUCUAAUUACAAUUCAAGAGAAUCAAAGCAAACACACAGUGAAUUCAUUUACAACAUAUCCAAAUCAUGAACACAUGUUUAGCUUAAAUGGUACGAUCAAUAUUCAAAAAGUUCAAAGCCAUUGCGGUUUAGUUUACCUUCAGGUAUUUAUCAACGAUAGCACAGCGUCUGAUUAUACAGUUAACAAUUUAAAGUGUGACGGUGAAUAUUCAGUGACUAUACGAGCUGCAAGUAUUCAAACUGGCAUAUCUGACAAGUGGUUGCUGGGACCAGAAAUGACUGUUACGCCUGUUUUAGUAAAUAAACAAGUGACCAAGAAGACAGACGUACGAGUUCCGCUUUGGCUUACAAAAACGUAUUACGCUGGGUAUAACUUGAAAGUUUCAUAUACAGAUGAAUGGAUCAUUUUGAAAUGGAAAGAAAGUCUAGCUGUGGAGUGUGGAGAGCCACCGUCAGGUUACCACCUAAUAUUCAAAAAAAUAUCGUCUCAUGCCUAUGUGAACGCAACAUUUCAGUAUGGCGAUUCUCCCAGCUAUGUUAAAUUCAUUCCAUUCAAUGAUACAAAUCUAUUCAGAAGUAAAACUAUGCAAUCGAGUGAUUCAUUCUAUGAGAACGUGUUAAAACUCUCAUUGAAAAGUUUCUUUGAUGUUGGUGAAAUUUGCUACUUCAAUGGUUAUCUGAGUUUUCGAUUAACACUAGCUGGUCAAUCAAUUGAUGAUAAGAGUCAUAACAAAGAACGAGUAUUUAUUCAUUUAAAUCUUGCCGAAGAAAAGCAAAAAGGUCGUUUAUUACUUCGCAGGAUUAUUCCACUAUCCAGACAAAAACAUGACAGCCAAAAAGCACGUGUACUGAUCACUUGGAUACCGAAAGCAGUCAAUCAAAGGUCAUUUUUGCGCUAUGCUACUACAUUUACAUUGCAGUGGGUGAGAAUAGACCCUAUAUCCUACGAAAAUUUAAGUCUACCAUCCACUCGUAUAAUUAGCUGGCCAGAAGCCAAUAAUCAUAUCAUGCUAAAUGAUGAAUUCCUAACAUCAGGAGCAUUAACUGCUGCUGAAAGCAAAUCGUCAUUAAAACAAAACCAACAAAAACACUAUUCAGAAUAUUUAAUUGCUAUAGACGAAUUGUUAAUGGAUACGACAUAUUUGUUUCAACUAAUUGAAAGCAAUUCAAAUCAGGUGAAUAAUGCUACACUGAACAACUCUGAAGAAUGUUCAAAGAGAACAGAAUUAUUGGUAUAUGUAACAACUGUCGAAAGUUAUCAAACAGUACCAAAAAUACCUCCAGCUACACCGAGUAUACAAAUAUUGCCGAGCAGUACGGCGAUGAUUGACAGUCAACACACACUUUGUCCUUCCACAUCAAUUCAUUUAUCCUGGCCAAAUUAUCUAAGCCAAUUACAGUCGAAUGAAACAACUGAAUCUGGAUCUGGGUUUAUUUAUACAUCUCCGGUAACAAACUAUACUCUACAGUAUGCAGAAAUAAAUAAAGACAAUUUCCAUGAUGAUAUAUCAUAUCACAGAAGCUCAAUUAAUUAUACUUCUGUAACCUGGGCAAACUAUUAUCCUUCUCCGAAUUUCGGUGACGAAAAUGAUUUCGUAGUGAAUGGGCUCCGACCGAAUAAAAUGUACAUAUUUCGCUUGGCUGCUCAAACCGAUGCUGGACAGAGUCCUUUUAGUUUACCAACUGAUAUUGUGAUCACAGAUGCACAAAAACCAUGCUCCAGUCCAAUUCGCUUGGAAGUUGAAUUAAAAACACUUCAGUAUCCUGAAGAAACCUGGAACUCUCAAAAUAAACAAACAAGGAAAACCAAUAUACUAACUGAUGAAUAUUGUGAAUACAUUAGCGUGAAAUGGCGGGUAUUAGACAAUAGUGCAUGGAAUAGUCAACCAGGUUGGUACCAUAUUGCAUACAAUGUCUGGCCAUCAAAUCCCGCUGAUGACAAUACUACAUCAUUCAACUUAUUUGUAAAACAUGAAAAAAGUCAAAUCAUAAAUGGACAUUUAAAAGUCGAGUUACUCAACUUACUACCAAAUAGGUAUUACGUGAUUACAAUUGAACCUGUAAAUGAAUAUGGUACAAGUAGUUCAUUGGUUUCACUUGUACAAUAUGCAUCAUCAGUUCUCACCUAUAGUGGUUCAGGUUGUAAUCGAAAGCAACCAUAUUUAGUACUAAUGAAGCAAAUGAUAACAUUUACUCGACCAUCAUCCUCAUUAUUAUCUACUUCUUUGAGUAAUUUUCAUUAUCCAGCCUUAAUGAGUAAACUGUUAAUACCUCCAAUGAAUUUUAUUUGUUCAACUGAUCGAAUACACGUUCUAGUUAAAUGUACCUGGGAGUAUGGUGAAUUGAAAAGUAUCCUGGGAUUUGUUUUUGAAGUAAUUUCAUUUGGUGAAAUCAACCAGGAGAUAUCAAACAGUUCUGUUCACAUUCAUCCUAUAUUUAUCAAGCCAAAUAUGAAUGGUGUUGUAUUAUAUUCUACAACAAGCAUUACUCAGUUGUAUUCUAUCCCAAUCGAAUCAACACUCAUUAAACCAUACUGUUAUUACAAAAUGUCAGUCUAUGCUGUCACACCUGGUGGACACGGACCCAAGGCUUUUUUUCCUAACAUCAGUGAUAAAGAAAUGUUCAACGAUCAAUUACAGGUGAUUAAUCCUACAGAAAGGCAUUGCUCAUCUGAUAACUUUAUAUGCACAUCACAGUCACCGCCUGAACCCCCGUCCGAAGUGUCUUCCGAAUGGUUGUCAAGAGAUAAAAUCCAGUUGAAAUGGUCACGUCCAAAUCAACUCAAUGGGAAGCUCGUUGGUUAUCGUGUCACAUGGAGUGAAGUCAAUUUUUUAAGAAGUGACAGCAAGCCAUUUCGUAAACACAGACGUUCAGCAGACUAUAUUGGCGCAGAAGAACAGUUUUCAGCGGUGGUUAAGUCAGCCUCGACAAGUUACACAAUCGAUCACUUAAAUGAAAAUACAACUUACAUAUUCAGAGUGGAAGCCCAGACACAAUCAAAGCAAAAUAAUGGUUGGGGUAAACCAGCGUGUCUUUGGGCAUCAACAAGCUACUGUUGGCUAUAUUCUAUUCAACCAAACGCAGUCAAUUUACACCAUAUCUGUGAUUUCAGUGUUUUAGUCGAAACAAUAUAUCCAAACUAUCAAAAAUACUGUUCCUUCGAUUCGCCUGUUCUUCGUCGACCAGUUGUCUUCGUUAGCAGUAUGAAUACUACUGAACGUAGUAGUAGUAGUAGUAGUAGGAAUUCUAAAAUCGAUUUAUUAAAUACUACUCAAGAUUUGCAUGCAGAAAAACGAAAGCCUAAUAACAAUCAAACGAAAAUAAGUUAUGAGUCAACUGUAAUUACAGUUUUAUGGAGUGAAGCAAUACCUGGAGUUAAUUCUAUCUCACAUAUUCUAAUUGAAACACGUCAUUCUUGGAAUUUAAAUAAAUGGUAUUCUGUGGUAAUGAUCAACAGUACAAUGAAACUGUACACAUUCAAUCUGGAUGAGUUAAGAUUGACAAGACUUCUAAGCGAUUUGGAUGAGAAUUCAAGCUGUCAGGUUAUUCAAAAUCCGAAUAACAAUUUAACUUCAUCAAAAAGUAUGACGAUAACAGCCGGUGGAUUAGAUCAAGAAGUUGUUAAUCAAAUGAUUGCAGCUGCUUUCGCUGAUGCUAAUGUCCCAUUGGAUUCUAGUGCUCACAUAGCCAUCCAGUUUCGAUUGUCGCCAGCUAAUCAAUUUCAAAUAGGUUUACCAAGUCAAGAGUCAAACUGGAUCGUCAUUAACUUAAAACCAAACUACAAACCAUUUUAUCAGCACUGGUGGUUUAUUAUGCUACUAGGCUUAUCUGGUGUUUCAACUGCUGUCAUUUUACUAAGUUCACUGAGAUGGAAUUUAUAUAAAAGGCAAGGAGUUAGAGAUUCACAAUUUCGGACUAGAAAAUAUAAUAUGAAACAACAUCCAUCGAAUACUAUCAUGGCUGAUUGCUGUUUACCGCUAUGCGCGUACCACAUAAAUACGACAACUACAGCAGCUAUGCCAAUCAACAAUGAAUUCAAUAACAAUGCUAAUGGCUCAUGUAAAUAUCCAAGUAUGACUGAUUCCAGUUACAAGAAAUCUCUGAUACCAGGGAUUGCGACAACACCAGUAGAAAGACAUUUGAUUGAAAAUUCUAUUUAUCUGUUCAAUAGAAGUCAAAGUCCAUUUAAUCCAAUGAUGAACAGUCCAAAAUGGGAUAAUUUAUAUAGUGCAAGUCCAGAAAUUCUUAUUGUACCUACAGACAGUUCAGUAGGCAGUAAAGCACCAAGUAAUAGAACUAUCAGUACAAGUGAAGUGGAAAGAUUUGAUGAAUUAAAUCAUCAUCAUAAUAAUAAUAAUAGCUGUAUUAUUGGCCAAGGAGUAAUUACUUCAAAUCCUUCAAUUUAUCCUGAAGCUGAUAUCUCCGUUCAUCAGUCUUGUCAUCUCUCCCCAUUUCAUGCACCUGAGUGUUUACAACGAAUGUCUGAUUUAUCGAAUUCUACAAAUAAUGAAAUGAUAAUUAAUAAUAGUUUACCAAAUUCUUCGAAUAUGAGCUAUUUAUGCUUUGAACAAUUACCCACACCAUAUCAUCUUACACCCACACAGCUAACCAACGAUCCAUUGGUGAAAAAUUCUACUUAUUCGGAUCAGAUAAACGAACCAUUUCAGUCUGUUCAACACCAGUUUGAUACAGGCCAACCUAAUCUACAAAUGCUCUCUGGUCAGCGUUAUUACGACACUGACUAUUCUUCAUUCAAUGAAAAUCAUAUAAGUGGUCAUAAUUUAAGAAAUGCUUUCAGUCUUAAGUCGUCAGCGAAUAAUCAACCUCCAACUAACCCAAUUCAAUGCAUUGUCGACGAUGGUGGUACUUCAGUUGACAAUAAUCGGUAUUAUCCAAAUCUAAAGGGAGAAAAUAUCAUGACAAAAUCUCAAACCGAUACUUAUGGAUAUAGAGAUCCGCCACAUGUAACGCAUAACAGUUUGUACAGAAAUAAUUUUAAUAGGAAUUCUGUAAAUACUGACCACAAAACUCUCAACUGUGUAACAUCAAAUAUUGAAAUGAAGUCAUUCCUAAACGAGUUUAAACCAAGUUCUCAGAACUAUAAUCUGUCAACAUUGAGUACUAGCAACUAUGAGAAUAAGAGAGGAUAUAACCUCAAUUCGUCACCAUCAACAUCAUCAUCAUCUAAUCACUUACCAUUGAAUACUGGGCAGUAUCAAAGUCCUGUUUACUCCAUGCACAAUGGUCAAGAGUGGAAUACACUCCUCCCUAAUACUAACACUCCAGUACAACAAGAAAAUCUUCAUCAACAGAUAUCAGUCUAUAAAAACAAUAAUAUGAUGUAUAAUAUGCUUACGCCUAAUUAUCAGACUAAUUGUGUGAAUACUGCUCCCAACAAUAUUCAUGAGAAUCUUACAAAUUUAGACGAAUUUCAGAUUACAACAGACUUGGAGAUGUUGACUUCCACUGAAGUAUGA